AAUCCGUGGCUGGGAACAGAGAGGAAGGAGCUAGUUGGAGCUCCGGGCGGCUGUCCCUUGCUGGAAUCCGGAUCCGCCGGGUGGUGGGGGAGAGCAACGGCUGGACCGAGGAAGAGGAUGGAGCCCGUAACCAAGUGGAAUCCUAAGCAAGUUGUGGAGUGGACCAAGGGUCUGGAUGAUUGUCUUCAGCAGUAUGUCCCAAAGUUUGAACGAGAGAAGAUAAAUGGUGCUCAGCUAUUGCAGAUUUCCCACCAGGAUCUUGAAGAACUCGGGGUCACCCGGAUUGGACACCAAGAGCUUGUUUUAGAGGCUGUGGAUCUCCUCUGUGCACUGAAUUAUGGCCUUGAAACAGACAACAUGAAGAACUUGAUUCUUAAGUUACGAGCUGCAUCCAACAAUCUGCAAAACUACAUUGGCACCCGGAGAAAGAGUUCAAACUACGAUGGGAAUAGCUCACGCAAACCUCCUAAUGAAUUCCUUACCUCCGUGGUAGAACUCAUUGGUGCUGCUAAGGCUCUGCUGACAUGGCUGGACAGGACUCCGUUUACUGGGAUAGCUGACUUUUCUGUGACGAAGAAUAAAGUCAUUCAGCUGUGCUUGGAUCUUACCACCACUGUUCAGAAGGACUGCCUUGUAGCUGAAAUGGAAGAUAAAGUUCUCAAUGUAUCUAAGGUUUUGAAUGGAAUCUGUGAUAAGACAAUCAGGUCAACAACUGAUCCAUUGAUGAGUCAGGGUGCGUGUCUCGAAGAAGUUCACUUAAACAAUAUCAAACCUGGGGAAGGCUUGGGAAUGUACAUAAAAUCUACUUAUGACGGUUUACAUGUUGUUACUGGGACAACAGAAAAUUCUCCUGCUGAUCGAUCUCAGAAAAUCCAUGCUGGUGACGAAGUGAUUCAGGUGAACCGGCAGACAGUGGUGGGAUGGCAGCUGAAGAAUCUCGUAAGGAAGCUUCGUGAGAAUCCUUUGGGAGUUACUCUACUAGUAAAGAAACGCCAUACAGGAUCUUUUAAUUUUACCCCUGCACCGCUUAAAAAUCUGAGGUGGAAACCACCACUUGUACAGACCAGCCUACACCCAGCUACAGCCCAGUCAUCGGAAAACACCAAGGAGACAUCACUGAAGAAAGAGAAACCAGCCAUUCUGGAUCUUUACAUACCUCCACCGCCAGCUGUUCCCUACGCACCCCGGGACGAGAAAGGGAACUUCGUUUAUGGAGGAGGCAAUAAACCCAAACAGCCUCUCCCUGGUUCCAAAGGGGCAGAAUCUCCCAAUUCUUUCCUUGAUCAGGAAUGUAGAAGACGAAGGUUUACUCUGAUAGAUUCUGAUCCAUUGCCUCCCUACCCCAGGGAAGUAAAUAUUCCACUAGCAAAGAUGAGGGAGAAAACUCCAUCUUACGGAAAGCCUCGCCCGUUGUCUAUGCCUGCUGAUGGAAAUUGGCUGGGAGCUGUAGAAUCUUUCUCUAAGCCGCGAGCAGCAGGGAGAAAAGCUGAAAAUGCCCUCUGCCGAUACUUCAGCAAUGAAAGAAUCCCACCCAUUAUUGAAGAAAACCCCCCCUUGCAGCCUCCGUUUCCCAGACCAGUGGCGGAAAAACAGUUAGUAAAAGGUGCUGACUACAUCAGGGGAAGCAGGUGUUUUGUUAAUGUGGAUCUCCAUAACAGCGCAACCAUCCCUUUCCAGGAGGAUGGUGCUAAAAGGCCACCUGUGACUACAUCCACAAAAUCUUCCUCCACAGAACCCUCUUUGCUGGUUAGCUGGAUCACAAGGUUGAGAUUAUUGACUCAUUGAGUGGAUUGGAUGAAAAGUGGCUGAAUGUCUCACCAAGUGCCUUCUUUUAUUCUCCAGUCAGAGGGAUCUCUAUUUCCUAAAGAGUUAUUUAGUGACUAUGUCUUUUAUCCCCUGCUCCCUUCAGAGAAUCU